AUGGGGAUGAAAGGUGGAGGCGUUGCGGCCUCUGUGCUGGUGUCGCUUCUCUUGCUCCCGCUUGUUGCCCCAUCAUCAGCUGAGGGACUGGUGAGGAUCGGGUUGAAGAAGAAGCCCAUCGACGAGAACAGCCGGCUUGCGGCACGUCUCUCAUCGGAGGAAGGGAGGGUUCUGAGUGAUCGCAGGUAUGGGCUCCGGAAUGGCCUCGGAGAGGCGGGGGCGGACACCGAUAUCAUCGCUCUAAAGAACUACAUGAACGCCCAGUACUUUGGGGAGAUCGGUAUUGGUACGCCUUCUCAGAAGUUCACUGUCAUCUUUGAUACUGGGAGCUCAAACCUGUGGAUACCAUCUGCCAAAUGUUACUUCUCGCUUGCUUGCUUCUUUCAUUCCAAGUACAAGGCCAGUCAAUCAAGCACCUACAAGAAGAAUGGAAAACGUGCUGAUAUACGCUAUGGCACUGGAGCAAUAUCAGGUUUCUUUAGUGAAGACCAUGUUAAAAUUGGUGGUGUUGUUGCUGAGGAUCAGGCUUUUAUUGAGGCUACCAGGGAGCCAAGUGUUACUUUCUUGGUGGCUAAAUUUGAUGGUAUUCUUGGACUUGGAUUUCAAGAGAUCUCAGUUGGCAAUGCAAAGCCCGUAUGGUACAAUAUGGUUGAACAAGGGCUAGUCAAAGAACCUGUUUUCUCCUUUUGGUUUAACCGGAAUGCCGAUGAAGGGGAAGGAGGUGAAAUUGUAUUUGGAGGGGCUGACCCAAAUCAUUACAAAGGUGAACAUACAUAUGUCCCUGUGACCCACAAAGGAUACUGGCAGUUUGAUAUGGGAGAUGUUCUCAUUGGUGGUCAGUCUUCAGGGUUCUGUUCCGGAGGCUGUUCGGCAAUUGCAGAUUCUGGAACCUCCUUAAUUGCGGGUCCAACAACCAUAAUUGCAGAAAUUAACCAUAAAAUUGGCGCUUCUGGUGUGGUUAGCCAAGAGUGCAAAGCAGUUGUUGCACAAUAUGGGCAACAGAUUUUGGAUUUGCUUUUGGCAGAGUCACAACCUGCUAAGAUCUGCUCUCAGAUUGGCCUUUGUACCUUUGAUGGAUCUCGAGGAGUCGGUGUUGGUAUUGAGAGUGUGGUGAGUGACAAAGGAGUUGGCCGAAGUGAUGCUAUGUGUUCUACAUGCGAGAUGGCUGUGGUUUGGAUGCAGAACCAACUGAGGCAGAACCAGACUCAGGAACGAAUUUUGAGCUACAUCAAUGAGCUAUGUGAACGCCUGCCUAGUCCCAUGGGAGAAUCAUCUGUUGACUGCAAUAGCGUAGCAUCUAUGCCUGGUGUUUCUUUCACCAUUGGUGGUAAAACUUUUGAGCUCAGUGCAGAGCAGUACAUUCUGAAGGUUGGUGAUGGAGUUGCAGCCCAGUGCGUCAGUGGAUUCACUGCCUUGGAUGUACCACCUCCUCGGGGCCCUCUAUGGAUUCUUGGAGAUGUCUUCAUGGGUGUUUAUCACACAGUGUUUGAUUAUGGUAAUUUGCGAGUUGGAUUCGCAGAAGCUGCCUAGUACCAAAUGUAAAUACCAAAAUGUUAAAAACUUUAUCUUAUCUGUCUAAUGGUGUUGCAUGACGGUUUCUCGUGUUAUGUAAAUAAUGUUUCACACUGCUGUCAGCAGAUAAUUUCGUUACUGAUAUUUCGUCUAGUUACAAUGCCGCCGCAACUGGAUAUACUCUUGCCCUUCCAGUUUCAUAUGCUGUCAUGUGUGCUCAAUUUCUCUUGCUUUUAAGUGUUGGUUUUGCAUC